GAGAGGCUGGUUCCUAAGACAACACAUAAAACAUGCAUUCCCAUUUCCAAGGCUUGUCUCACCAUAGAGUCACAUCCAAGCGAGCAGCAGGAACCUGAAUGCACCGCCUGCACGCUGCAAGACACCUUGUCAGAGCCACAGCGUUUCAUAUAAGCGGGACCUCCUGCACGGACAAUGACGGAGCCAUGAUGUGCAGCACUUCACCGAGAACAUAAACCCCAGCUGCCUUUUCAACGGAACUGUAAUUUAUCUUCAGCACAAGACUUCUGGUUUUUUUCCACCAGCCACAAGAUGCACAUGAAUAGCUUAUUAAAUCAGUGGACGGACAUCUCCAGGAUGUGUGAUGUGGACGUGUCCUCGGAGCCCAGCAGUCCCACCCUGUUGGGUGAGUCCUCAGACAAGUACUACCAUGUGGACCGCUGGCAGAAGCUCCGCACAGCCGUCCGCAAGCUGGAGUUCUGGGAGAACUUUACAGCUGAGCUCAUCGGGAGUGGCUUCUUCUCCAAAGUCUACAAGGUGAUGCACAGCACCAACCGCAAGGUGAUGGUGGUGAAGAUCUACAAAAACGACGUGGACCAAGACAGCAUUGUACGAGAGAUCAGCCUGCUGCAGAAACUCUCCCAUCCAAAUAUCGUCAGAUAUCUGGGAAUCUGUGUCAAAGAAGACAAACUCUACCCGAUCCUCGAGUAUGUAAACGGUGGCUGUCUGGAGGAGCUGCUGGCCAGGAAAGACGUCCCCCUGUGCUGGAGAGAAAAAGUGGACCUGGCCUGUGAUAUAAGCAGAGGGAUGAUCUACCUGCACUACAAGAACAUUUACCACAGAGACCUGAACUCCAAGAACUGUCUGAUCAGAGUGACGCCUCGGGGUCGUGAGGCCCUGGUGACUGAUUUCGGCCUAGCCAGGGAGGUGGUGGAGCUGCCGGUCAAAGACCCUGCCAGGAAGCUGUCACUGGUGGGCUCAGCCUUUUGGAUGGCCCCCGAGAUGCUCCGAGGAGAGCCGUACGACCGCAAGGUGGAUGUUUUCUCCUUCGGCAUUGUGCUCUGUGAAAUCUUGGCCAGGAUCCCAGCUGACCCGGAGAUACUUCCCCGAACACAGGACUAUGGGCUGGAUGUGGACGCUUUCAGGGAGCUGGUGACGGGUUGUCCUCAGAGUCUCCUGGAGCUGGCAGCGAGCUGCUGCAUGGUGGAGUCCUUCAGACGGCCGGCGUUCACAGAGCUGCUCGACGAAAUGGGAGAAGUCGCCGAGAGUCUGGAGCUGGAGCCGACAUCUGAUGUGAAUGACGGCUGAGUCGUCGGUCUGAGGGGGGGUCUAUCCUUUUUUCAGAAACAGGACCAGAGUGGUUGGAUGGUUUCUUACGGUCAGGACAGGAAGGUGGACCAAACAUUAACAGGAAAAAAUAAACCCCACUGCAUACACACGCACUGGCUGAACUCGUUCAGACACACUAGAAGUGUUUUUGGGUAGAGGAACCACUCCUGACUUCUUACAGGACAUUGUGAUGGAUACAGCUGUGUACAGAUCAACACUUCACUCGUAGUGGAUACACAGUGUGAUCCUGUUUCAGCUGAACGUUGACCUUUCAUGAACGUCUUACUUGACUAAAAGGUCUUAUCCUCUCUCUCUCUCUUUCUCUCUCUCUCUCUCUCUCUCUCUCUCUCUCUCUCCAUUUUCUCAGCUCUCUGUGAGUUGUUUGUAACGACGCAGAUGCUCAAGUCUGUCGAUGUCUUUAAUGCUUCUUCUGUCAGAUCACCUGGCCCCCUUUUGACUCUGCAGGCGUGGAAGUACCAACAGGAAGCUGCAGAAUAAUCUGCUUUGUACUGUAAUUCAAGAAAACAGAACACAAAACAGCUGAUUUCUUUCAAAUGUGACAGGACACAGAACUUUUUCAGCAGCCAAUGACACAUACACAUAGAAAGGUCCACCUAGCGUUCGCAGCAGAAAGCGACCGCUUAAAGAGAAAGCAUGGCCCCCAGUGUCUUUACUAUUUACACUUUUUUGUGUGGCCGCUCCGAGCACUUCAAGUUUAAAAUCUUUCAACUUUUCAAAAAAGCACUGUUGACGUCACUGGCACUCUAUUCCAAAUGUAUGAUAUUCCCUGUAGCUUUGCCACCUACAGAUCGAGUCUUGUACCCGUAUCUUCUUUGCUCCGUGUCUGAUCGGGUAAAAAAACGAUCUAAAAUAUAAAACAUUCAGUAAAAAGUAACAGAGCAGUGUCGGUCAAACAGCGACCAUUGUUAACAGAUUGUUGUCAUGACGGUUUUCUGCCGCCGGAAAAAAACUGUAGGUGAACACGGUGCCUAUGUUCACCUACUGAUGUUCAAUCAGGAGCUGAGGACAUUUAAAGAUGUCUUAUAGACCAUCAACACAAGUUUGACUGAAAGGUCAAACAUGCCGAGGUCCAAAACAGUUUGCACAUUUCAAAUCCACACUUCAGAUUUAUUCAGCGUUGAUCUCACCGUGAGCUCUUUGAAACAGAGAACAUACCUGUUUUUCAUUGAACAAAGACUUUGAGCCUUAAGGCUUCAUUUGGCAGAAUUACUUUUUUACAUUUGUGACUAAACUUGUAAAUUUUGAUGAGAACUUAUUCAUGAAUUGAUUUAGUAAUAUACACUUUUUGAUUUCCUCAUGUCUUUUUAGCUUCGUCAUAUUUCACCCUCACUGCCCAUAGUUGAUUGAUUUACUGGUGAAAAUGUGCUUGUACAUUUUGAAGCUUUCCUCUUUUGCUCACAGAAAGACCGCGGGGCGGGAUUGGGGGUCUCUGUCUCUUUUCUUUUCUUUGUUUCUGGUUUGUGUUGUAAAUGAUUUUUCAGGCAGCUAUGAUGUCAAUUCAACUCCCACAAAAAGACACAUUUAGUUUAAACGUUGUUUUAUGAUAGAAACACUGAAGUUGGUUCACAGACUUUACAGAUACAGGUUUCGUUUUCCCUGCACAUACCUUGGAGAAUUCAACCAUUGGAGAAUAUUAAACACAGACAACACACACGAAACAAAGCUUGUAAAGUGUAUUUCAUUGGUAUGCAGGAUGUUUCCUCUGUCUCUGAGUGAUUGUAUAUACAUUAAUUAUCUGAAGCUACUGUUUUUCACGUACCCUAAUGAAACCCUUUUUCUUCUUUUCAAAAAAUAAAUUUGAAGUCUUAUUGUCACAUUAA